AUGUUACAUGAAAGAUAUAAUAUUCCAGUUCAACUGGAUGGAAUAAAAGCUUUAAAAGAAUAUGUAAAGAAAAGAUUUUGUUGUGAAAAUGCCUAUGAAUUAUUUGAAAAUGAAAAGCAUUACAUUCAAGGUGUUCAAUGUUUACUAAUAAGUAUAUUUCAUUUGAUGAAUAAUCAAAUAGCCUUUAUGAUUGUUCAUUUUGCUGAUAUAAUAUUGAUGUUAUUACGCAAUCUACCCACCUUUGUGAUACAUUCAAGUGUCAGAGAGAUAUUUUCACUAUUUAAUCUAAUUUUGAAGAAUAAUUUAAAACCAAUACACAGGAUAAUGCGUAAAAUACUAGUAGAAUUAUUAAAACACUUCCCGCCCGAUUUUAUCCUCGAUGAAAUAUGGAUAUGCAUGAAAAAUGCCAAUUUUCGUAUACGUACAAAUUCCUUGUACAGUGUCGCAUUUAUUCUACGUAAUUUACAUGAUGAAAGUUUGGAUUUGUCAAAAAUACUUCAAAGAAUUACACAAUGUUUGAAAGACAGAAGCGGAGUAGUUCAAACAGCAGCCAUUGAAUGUUGUGCAAUCCUUAUAGGAUUACAUAAUCGAAAUUAUCCCCAAAAUGAUGAUGCAUCACUUUUGUAUAUGAUUGAAAAUUUCCUUCUCGAAGAAAUGCCUGUUCUAGAAGUUGACUUUUUACUACAAAAGAUAAGGAAAGCUGUUGAAUAUGAAAGUUUUAAGGAGAAUUUCACCGAUGAGAAUGAUUCACUAGAGUUGGAGAUCAGUGAAAGACAAAAAUUUUGCAAAUAUGCUAAUUCAAUGAGAAGUGCACCGAGUUAUAUGCGGAGAAAUGUUACAUUACCAGCAAUGAAACCUCAUUUCAAUAAUAUUCAAGAACAUGGAAAUUCUUAUUCAGAUAUUUGGUCAACAUAUCCUGACUUCAAGAGAUCAUAUUCACUGGAUUAUGGGAAUCCUACUGAUUAUUUACUAUUACAUAGAACAAAAUCAACACCAACAGCAGCCGCCGCAACAACAACAGCAACAACAAUACCGAGAAGUAUUCACAUUUAUUCCACUCCUUCCCAUGGAACAGAUUCCCGUGAUAUUCAUCAUCAUCAUGCGAUGAUGGAUACUGGUUCAUACUUUCGUAUUUCAGAAGAACAAAAAGCAGCUUUAAAGAAUAGAAAAUCUGAUUUCUGUGACAGUGUUCGUCGAUACCUGAAUAAACAAAAUCAACAGUAUUGCUCUGACUGUCAGAUAAUCCCUGAAACUCUUCCAUAUACUAGAAAAGUUAGCGGGGUGACAAUAAACCAUGAGAAAAUCGAUAAGAGAAAAAAGUCAGUAAAUGCCAAUAAGAUCAAUCACCAUUAUUCAAAAAACUGGUUGAAUCAAGAAAAUGACAAUGAGAUAGGUCAAGCUCUUGAGACUUUACGUGAUUCAGUAUCAAGGAAACGUAAACAAUGGUUAUCAGAUCAAAUCAAUAAAUUGAAUACUGAAAGAACAACAACAAUAGGAUGCCCCCAUGAUGAAACAAAAUCAACACCAACAGCAGCCGCCGCAACAACAACAGCAACAACAAUACCGAGAAGUAUUCACAUUUAUUCCACUCCUUCCCAUGGAACAGAUUCCCGUGAUAUUCAUCAUCAUCAUGCGAUGAUGGAUACUGGUUCAUACUUUCGUAUUUCAGAAGAACAAAAAGCAGCUUUAAAGAAUAGAAAAUCUGAUUUCUGUGAUACUGUUCGUCGAUAUAUGAAUAAACAAAAUCAACAGUAUUGCUCUGACUGUCAGAUAAUCCCUGAAACUCUUCCAUAUACUAGAAAAGUUAACGGGGUGACAAUAAACCAUGAUAAAAUCCAUAAGAGAAAAAAGUCAGUAAAUGCCAAUAAGAUCAAUCGUUAUUCAACAAACUGGUUGAAUCAAGACAAUGACAAUGAGAUAGGUCAAGCUCUUGAGACUUUACGUGAUUCUGUGUCACGGAAACGUAAACAAUGGUUAUCAGAUCAAAUCAAUAAAUUGAAUACUGAAAGAACAACAACAAUAGGAUGCCCGCAUGAUGAUGAAAUAUACGCUAGAGAAGAAGUAAAAGCAGAAAAUCAAGAUUUGCCGUCCUUCAUAAACACAGAAAUGUUGGACAGCUUUGAUACUGAUAAUUACACAACAAAUACUGUAAAUGAUCAGAAUGUCAGCUUAUAUAACUAUGAUAAAAAUCCAACAAAUAUGUGGAGAAAUUAUGCACUUUGUUCAGCAAAUACGCGAUUUCGUGAUAAUCCAGAAACUUCUCCAAGUUAUAAAAUGUACAGAAUAAUGAAUGAUGUUCAUAAACCUUCUGUGCAUAUAGAACCAUCAAAAAUGGAUAGUAAUCACCAUUAUGAUAAUUUAAAUAAACAAAAAACUUCAGAACAUAAAAAGUCGACACGCUACCCAGAAUCCUAUCAAGAGAGAUAUACGAGUAAUUCACAGAUUGAAAAGAAAAUUCCAAAGAGUCAAAAAAUCAAAAAAGCUAGAACAUUGUCAACACCAAUUGAAGCGGGACAAUUUAAAAAAGUCGAAGAACAAAUUAUUGAUUAUUUAAUAUCAGAUAAUUGGGAAGAUCAGAAUAAAGCUACAAAUAUUAUACAAAGUUUACUGAAAACAAUGAAUGUUAAACCACUGGAAGUUAUAUUCAGUGAUAUAAAACAAAGAAGUAUAUUAAUUAAUGGGAUUGAAAAAUCUAUCAGGUGUUUACGUUCACAAGUGUGCCGUAAUGGUUUAAAUACACUCUAUCAACUAUGUGAUUAUUUAAAAUGUCUACAUCAAGGUUGUCUACUUGACGCCUAUUCAACAUCAAUAAUCACCACACUGUUAAGUCGUAUUAGUGAAGAUUCAAGCACAAAAUUCUUACAAAAUGAAGCAACCAAAACACUCGAAGCCUAUAUAUCUUGUAUAGAUGAAGCCUCAGCUAUCCAAUCAAUGUGUACGCAUGUCUGGGAAAACUUUUCACGUAGUAAUAUACGUCGUAAUACAAUUGGUAAAAUGUUAACUUAUAUAUUUUGUAAUAAAUUACAAACUGGUAAAAAGAAUGCAAUGCUAUUCAAACGAUUAGGAAAUGAUGGGAUUGAGCGUUUAAUGAAAGUUGUACACCAGUUAGUAAAUGAUAAAUUAUCAGAUACAAGGUUAGUUUAUAUGAUGAUGAUGUUCAAUUUUUUGUUUGAAUGUAUAUUUGAAAUUAAUUACCACACUGGCGGUCUAACUGAACUGUCGGAUUUCUGA